AAACGCUCGCCGAGCUCUUGCAGAAGUUGUCACGACGUGCUUUCAGUAAACUUGACUUAGUGGGGAGUGUAGUGUUGGAAGAUGAAGGUGGCUUUUCUGCUUACAUUGACAUUUAUCAUAUACUUUAAAUCCAGAUGUAACGCUCUGUCUUCGUCAUGUCCUCACCCUCCGUCACAGUGGUGCUCGUCUCCAAAAUCAGCUGCCCAGUGCGGGGUGUUGCAACGGUGUCUCCAUGCCAACUUGACCAGAUCACAUCAGGCAGCAGAAGCUGUCCAGUUGGCUGUCUACUAUGAGAGUCUGUGUCCCGACUGCAUAAUGUAUCUCACGCAGGUGCUGUACCCCACAUGGGUGCUGCUGCGGGACAUCCUGUCUGUCCAACUGGUUGCCUUUGGCAAUGCACAGGAGACACCCAGUGGGAGCAAGUAUGUAUUUAAGUGUCAGCAUGGAGAACAGGAGUGCCUUGGCAACAUGAUUCAGACAUGUCUACUGAACAUGAGUGACAAUGCGUUCCUCAUCAUCUUCUGUAUGGAGGCCUCCACUGAUGUCAUUGCAGCUGCCAAGAUUUGUGUUCAUCUGUACAGUCCUGAUUUGAGCUGGCAGCGCCUCAUGAGCUGCGUGACUGGAGAUGUGGGAAACCAGCUGUUGCAUCAGAACGCCUUGAGGACCGAAGCUCUGGAUCCUCCACACCAGUCUGUACCCUGGGUGACCAUUAAUGGGGAGCACACAGAUGACCUGCAGAAGAAAGCCACAACUUCUCUCUUUCCUCUGGUCUGCAGCAUAUACAAGGGCAUCAAACCUGUGGUCUGUGGAGGUGGCGGCCAGAGACACAGAGAGAUCUAACAUAGCUUCACAAUGAGUGGCCACAAUGCGAGCUGUUUGAGGAUUUAGCCAAUAUCCAUGAUAUCCAGCUUAAGGUUCAUGUACUACUUCACUGAACAAAAAUAAAAUACAGACUUGUUUUUUUGCUCGCAGUUUUCACGAGCUGAACGCAAAGAAAUAAGACUUUCUGUUUCCCCAAACGGCCUAGUUCUCUCAAAUAUUGUUCAUAAAUCUAAAUUUGUGUUAGUGAGCACUUCUCCUCUGCCCUGACAAUCCAUCCAUGAAAACCUGUCUUGCGAAUAAAUGUUCAAGUGACUUUAUGGCAAGCUUGUGAGCAUUUAUUCAAUAUCCUUGACAUCCAACAAGUCUAUGUACAAGUACACACUUUUCCCUCACUAGUAGGACAACUUUGGCAUACUAGGACAACUAAAUGUUACUCGGGAGGCAAAACUCUGCACUAGUUGAAAUCUGCUCAUUACUAGUAGUACUUGUGACAUUAUAAAAUUCUACUAGUUAACAUCUAGCACUUCACUAGAAGAGCUAGCUACCUGUGCGGGGAUGUCAAUUACUGCACAGUUUUGCCUCACUAGUGCAUGUAGUUUUCCUACCAGUGUGCCAAAGUUGUCCUACUAGGUCCAUGAGCAUACAAGUAGACGGACCUUAAAGACAUUUGAGCAUUUAUUCAUUGAGCACUAGUUUUUCAUUCAUAAUUCAGCACACUAGUAGGAUAUCGAACAAAAAGGCCGUUUCAGUAACACUGUGGGAAUUCAUCAAAUGCUUUUCUAUGCAGGAUUUCAGAUCACUUCAUUGAAAUCUUAUGAUUUAAAUACAGUUAGCUGUAUUAAAAAAUGUCCUUCUAGGCUUGCCUGUAACGUUUUGCACUUGAUAAAUGACCUUUGAGUUUGUGGCAUUGUCUUUUAGUAUACCUCUUUGAACUUUAGAUGGCGCCAUAACUCCAUCCAUUUUUGAACCGCUUAUCCUCGCUAGGGUCGCGGGCAUGCUGGAGCCUAUCCCAGCUAGCGAGAGGUGGGGAACACCCUGAACUGGUCGCCAGCCAAUCGCAGGGCGCACAGAAACAAACAACCAUUUGCCCUCGCAUUCACACCUACGGGCAAUUUAGAGACUUCAAUCAACCUACCAUGCAUGUUUUUGGGAUGUGGGAGGAAACCGGAGCACCCGGAGAAAACAUACGCAGGCACAUCAUAACUCAUUGAUGCAUAUUCAGCCCCUGAUAAGAGCCAGCCGACGUUUACCCUCUAACCUGAGGGUGUAGUUAUGGAAUAUUUACUAAUGGGUACCAGCAUAUACUGCAGAA